ACACCAUCUUCAUCGUCCUCCACUCACUUACCUUCAUCUUCUUAUACAAUGUCUUUCGAUCUCGCGAAACUUGAGGAUCAUCUUACCACUCGUUCUUACAUCGAAGGGUACACCCCAUCCCAGGCCGAUGUCCACGUUUUCAAGGCCUUGACUGGCGUCCCUGACGCGAAGACUUCACCUCACUCUGCCCGCUGGUACAACCACAUCAAGUCCUACACCUCUGAGUUUGACUCCCUGGCCGGUUCUAGCACAGCCGGCGAGGCCUUCACCGCAGCUCCCGCCGUCAAGGAGGCAGCUCCUGCUGCUGCUGAGGAAGACGAUGAUGAAGUCGACCUCUUCGGCUCUGACGACGAGGUUGAUGAGGAAGCUGAGCGUGUCAAGGCCGAACGUGUUGCUGCUUAUAAUGCGAAGAAGGCCGGAAAACCCAAGGCUGCCGCCAAGUCUGUCGUCACCCUCGAGGUGAAGCCUUGGGAUGAUGAGACCGAUAUGAAGGCACUCGAGGAUUGCGUCAGGUCCAUCGAGCAGGAGGGUCUUGUUUGGGGUGCAUCGAAGCUCGUUGCUGUCGGUUUUGGAAUCAAGAAGCUCCAGAUCACGCUCGUCGUCGAGGACGAGCUGGUCUCGACCGAUGAGCUCCAGGAUAAGAUCGCUGAGUUUGAUGACUAUGUUCAGAGCACCGACAUUGCUGCCAUGCAGAAAUUGUAAAGUGCUGUUGCAUUAUGUUUUUACGGGAAUGUCUUGUAUGCCUCGAGCGUCUUGUUGUACUCUUUAGAUUCAAUGAACAAACGGCUCAUGUCGAUCUGAUACCUCGCCGCUGCAUUGCGU